AUGUUUUUUCCCGUUGCAACAAGCUCUGUUUUGAACCCAAAGCUCACUUUUCUCCAUCACCACCAUCUUCGUGACACGAACAGAAACAGAGUAUCCAAAUCUGUCAAGAUGAUAAACUCGGUGAAUCACGAAAACCCAAGAAAGUGCGAGUGUUUUGAUCUCUACGACCAAUUGGUUCCAUACAAGAAAGCCUGGUCAUGGCAGAAAAGCAUCGUCAGCGAGAAAUUAGCUCUGAUCGAUAGAAACCAAGAGUGCUCAGACACAGUGAUCUUACUACAACACCCUCCUGUUUACACAAUGGGAACCGGAAGUUCAGAGGAUUAUCUCAAUUUCGACAUAAAGAAUGCUCCUUUCGAUGUCUAUCGAACAGAACGUGGCGGUGAAGUCACUUACCAUGGCCCUGGUCAGCUAGUCAUGUAUCCUAUAAUAAAUCUCCGGAAUCACAAGAUGGAUCUUCAUUGGUACCUUAGGAAGCUCGAGGAGAUUGUCAUUCGUGUUCUUUCCUCUGCUUUCUCCAUCAAAGCUACUCGUCUUGAUGGUUUUACUGGAGUUUGGGUCGGCGACCAAAAAGUGGCGGCGAUAGGUAUUCGUGCGUCGAAAUGGUUGACAUAUCAUGGUCUAGCUCUAAAUGUCACAACAGAUUUAACACCUUUUGACUCGAUAGUACCGUGUGGAAUAAGAAACCGCCGUGUUGGAAGCAUAAAGGGUUUGAUUGAGAAUGAUAAGCUCAGCGAUUUGCAGUUGAUAGAUUUAGCUCAUGAGUCAUUACUCAAGGAGUUCUCCGAAGUUUUUCAGAUUCAAAUCGAAAAGAAACAGAAUUGUGACUUGGAAUGCUAA